AUGCUGCAGGUUUGCUCGCAUCCAUUGAUGCGCCACAAGCUCUCGUUCCUCCGCGACAAGUCCGUGAAGCCCAAGGAGUUUCGCGAGUUAGCCAAGGAGAUCUCAACACUGCUGGCGUAUGAAGCCAUGGCUGACCUCCCUCUUGAGUCCAUGCCUGUCUCCACCCCCUACGGCGACACCAUGGGCGAGCAAGUCUCGCAUCAGGUCGCACUCAUCCCAGUCAUUCGCUCAGGGUUGGGAAUGGUCGAUGGCUUCAUCUAUGCGUAUCCAAAUGCUCAGGUGUGGCAUGUCGGGAUGUACAGAGAUCCAAAGACGCUGGUUCCAGUCGAGUAUUACAAUCGUUUCACCAACGAGACUAUAUGUCAAACAGCAUACGUCCUCGACCCGACCCUCUCCUGCGGUUCUGUUGCUCGAGCGACUGUCGGGCUAGUCAAGCAGUGGGGAGUGACCAACAUCAAGCUCGCGACGUUCGUGGCGUCUCCUGAAGGCAUUGCAAACUUUGAGGAGGAGUUUCCAGAUGUCACGAUCAUAGCGGGAGCUAUCGACGAGGGUCUCAACGCUGAGAGCAUGGUGAUCCCCGGGCUGGGAGACGUUGGCUCGCGUUUCUUUGGGACGCAGUGAAGGGAAAGGAAAACGGGAGGAGGAUGUGCAACAUGUCGGGAGCGAGGGAAAUAUUCUUUUACAAGUUGUUUACUCCUUGAGGGCUCAAAUUUUGUAUCGCAAACUUGCAAGUUUUGCAUCAGGAGAGUGAGAUAUGCGUAUAGAUUAUCAUAAUGAACAUUCGCUAUGCAUGAUGGUUGUCGCCAUGGACCUUGACUGUACACACCAGCGAUUUCGCUUGCCCAUGACAUCUCUACGCUCGCAUGAUGUCUGGCCGAUAGU